AUGGAAGGCAAUCGUAAGGGGUUUAAUGAAAUCAACGAGUUACUGGGACAAUCUUUGGGGGCUGUCGGAUUUGAGAGGCUCUCGAUUACAAGAUGUGGAGGGGGAUGGAAGACUGGUGACAUUGGGAGAAUCGACGGAGUCGUUGCGAGUCUUGAUGGUGACUUAGAGGACUUCGACGGGAUUAAAGGGGAGGUCCCAGAUGCGCUUCCCUCUCGAUUGGGAUACAGAGGCUUUCGGAUCUGGUAUCGGAUUGGGCUCCACGAACGAUGCAGCGAUGCUUCUGGAGGCGGUAUAUCAUGGCCAUGGGGGCAAAAUUGGGAGAUGCUCGAAACCUCAAUCUCUCGUAGCGACCAAGACUUCCAUGGGAAACACGUUUUUGCUACACGAGAGGAUCAACCAAAGGAUAUGAAAGGUCCUUUAUCUACCACAUACUGGGUUUGUUUUCUAGAGAUUGAGAUUAACAGGGGUUCAGGGAAUUAUGGCUUAGGGAAUUAUGGUUUAGGGAAUUAUGGUGGAUUGUCAAAUUACUGGUUAAUAUUGAGAUCCUCCAUCAAUGGAAAUCGGGACAGGUCUGGUGGGUUCGGGAGGUGGGAGCAACAAGGGAAAGGCCACUUUGGUGUCAAGGAUGAAGAUCACAGUGUCUCGACAAGCUUUAGGAACAUUGGAGAGGCCAUUGUAGUGGUACGAGAGGUUGAUCUGGACGGAGACAGAGUUCAGAUGACGGUUGAUGCAUUUCAACCUCUAAUUUUUGAUACGGUCGUGGAGUUUCAGGGCAGUGUGGAGACGCUCGUUCUUUUUCGGGAAAGGUCGUCAGAAGUUCGCUAUAGGGAUGACAAACAUGAAGGGGGAGCCACGAGCUACAAAGGCGCUUUAAGAGGCCAAGGGGAUUCAUCGAACCAUCACCAAGAGGCGCAGAAAGUUGUGGGGGCUACAGAGAAGGGGAAAAGGAAAGUGGCUGGGAGGGAUUCUCACAGCUAUGCCUAUCCGGAUGAUAAGAAGAGAGCCCCCAGGGCAGCAGAAAGGCCAGUCCCAACGAGAGAGGGGAGAUACCGAAAUGGUGGUUCAUCCAGGACUGUCACUAGAGGCCAGGGAGAUAAAACGGUGACAAAUCAGACAAACUCGGUGAAUAUGGGGAUGGAUCAAACGGGGAAGGUGGUAUCACAAUCUAGCCCACUAAGCCCAGCACAACAAUCUGCUAAAAAGGUUAGAAAGGGACUGGAUUUUGAUAAAGUGAUUCCCGAGAUGGAUGAUUUUGAAGAGUUGAUUGAUCGUGUGACUAUGGAGGAUUUGGUAGAGCAAAACUUGAGAGAUGGCGAGGCAAAUGGCAGUACAGGUUUUGAGGUUUUUGAGUCUUUCUCAGAUCUCCUGGAGCCUCAUCAUGAUGUGGUGGCAGAGGAGAAGAUAUCAAUGGAUCAAGAGGAACUGGAUACAGAAGCAAAUGGCACAAUGACGAAAUUAGAUGGCAUCCCCUAA